CUGCUUAUCUUCAUCAAUCUUUGGGGUGUGAGCAGGAGAAAUGCCAGCGGUUCUUUUCUCCUCUCCCUGCUCCCUUCCUUGGCCAUCCUUCCCGCUUCACUAAACAGGGGCGCAAAAGACAAAUCCAUCGGAGGUGCUCUCAGAUGUGCCAUGUUCACCUGGAUCCUAGGGGGAAAGCAUAACUUGCUAAGUGGCAUACAUGCUCCGAUUGUUCAGUUCUAAGAAAUGAAGAAUUCAGAAUAAUUUUGAUAAGUGGAUGCCAAUGAGGAAUAAGAAUAAGCUGAACAUUUGACCUGCUUUGAAGAAACAUACCAUCCAUUUGUCUAAAGUAAUCUAUAACAACUAAAGCAAUCAAAAUGGAUUUAACAAUAUUUUCCCAGGCUGAAAAUCAUUCAAUCUACUAUAAUUUUUCAAAAAAUAAUUCCCAAUUUUGGGCUUUUGAAAAUCAUUGUCAUCUGCCCUUGGCCAUGAUAUUUAUAAUAGCUCUAGCUUACGGAGCUGUGAUAAUUCUUGGGGUCACUGGAAACUUGGCCUUGAUCAUAAUCAUCUUGAAACAAAAAGAGAUGAGAAAUGUUACCAACAUCCUGAUUGUGAACCUCUCCUUCUCAGACUUGCUUGUUGCCAUCAUGUGUCUCCCCUUCACAUUUGUCUACACGAUAAUGGACCACUGGGUUUUUGGCGAAGCAAUGUGCAAGCUGAAUCCUUUUGUGCAGUGUGUUUCAAUCACUGUGUCCAUUUUCUCUCUGGUUCUCAUUGCUGUGGAGCGACAUCAGCUGAUCAUCAACCCCCGAGGAUGGAGACCAAAUAAUAGACAUGCUUAUGUAGCUAUUGCUGUCAUUUGGCUCCUUGCUGUGGCUUCGUCUUUGCCCUUCCUGAUCUAUCAAGUGUUGAGUGAUGAACCGCUCCAGAAUGUCACACUCGAUGGGUUCAAGGACAAAUACGUAUGCUUUGAUAAAUUCCCAUCGGACUCUCACAGGCUGUCUUACACCACUCUCCUCUUGGUGCUGCAGUAUUUCGGCCCACUCUGUUUUAUAUUUAUUUGCUACUUCAAGAUAUAUAUUCGCCUAAAAAGAAGGAACAACAUGAUGGACAAGAUGAGAGACAAUAAGUACAGGUCCAGUGAAACCAAAAGAAUCAACAUCAUGCUGCUGUCCAUUGUGGUUGCCUUUGCCGUCUGCUGGCUGCCCCUUACCAUCUUCAACACGGUGUUCGACUGGAACCAUCACAUCAUUUCUACGUGCAACCACAACCUCUUCUUCUUGCUCUGCCACCUCACGGCCAUGAUAUCCACCUGCGUCAACCCCAUAUUUUAUGGAUUCCUGAACAAAAAUUUCCAGAGAGACCUGCAGUUCUUCUUUAACUUCUGUGAUUUCCGGUCUCGGGAUGACGACUAUGAGACAAUAGCCAUGUCUACCAUGCACACAGAUGUUUCUAAGACUUCUUUGAAGCAAGCAAGCCCAGUCGCAUUUAAGAAAAUUAACAACAACGAUAACGAUCUGAAGCUGCUGUAGCACACGGUGCCAGUUGACAUCUGUUUCAAAAAAGCACAACCCGCAGCAUACUUUCACCACCCGUUCAACCAAGGACUGGGGUUGACAUCACUGAAGAAAGACCAAGAUUUGACUGUGUUGCUUUCCACUGCUUUCAUUGUAACCGUCAUAAUCACAUUUGCAACAAGACGAAUGGGCUUUGGAAUCUUCUAGCAAUAGUUUUGACCAGACAUCUUGAAAAUGCUUUUUGUAAAUUUAUGCAUAUGUUAUAGAAGUUUUUUUAUUCUGUAUUUAUUGGAAUGACAUUUAUUUGAAGCAUUACUAUCAGUGACUUUGGAAGCGCUACACCUGACACUCCAAUUACAUUGAGCCAUCCUUAGUGACAGUGAGAUGGUCACUAGACUGAGCGAUCUUGAUGUACUAACUAUAGUCAUUGUUUCCGUCAGUUACAGAGGUGAUGGCCUGCAAAUAGCAUCUAGGAGUUGGGGCCAAAAGAGAGCCUGUGUCUUGCAUACCUAUAGUCUAAAGUCAUCCAGGAGUGAUUUGCAUUUUUAAAAUAUAAUUUAGGAUAGUAUUUAAUUUGCUUCUAAUUAAUUAUCACUUAUGAUAAAAAUGCAUAAAAGUAUAAAUAUUUCUCAGCUGUGAAUGCCAGGGAGGUUGGGCCACCCACAAGAAUGAAGUGGCAAGGCAGUUCCCUAAUUACAAAACUAUUUUUGGUACCCAACAACCAAAGGAUUUCAAAGCAAUUAGUUUAACAGUUAAGUUGAUGAUGCUGCAGAUAGUUGAAUUAUAUUUAUUUGAAUUGAUGGGCAAGAGGUUUGCCAUCUUUCACAAACUGUUUGGUGUUUGUCAAGCUUUCUAGAUAAAUAUACAUGCAAUUUCCAGCUUACAAUGUAUAAAAACACAAAGUGUAUUUUCCAUACAUCAGUGCCUAUAUUGUAACUCAUUUUUAAUUUUGAAUGUCUUUCAGAAAAGGACACCAAGGUACAAUGUUAAAAGAAUGUUCGCCCUGGCUAGCAGGGAUAAGUACCUAAAAACCGAAAACACUUCACAUAGCUCAUGUUAACCUGUAUAAACUGUACCUUGUGGAGUCUCUUUAAUAAUGUACUAUAUAGAGUCCUGAGUAGUCAUGUCGUGUUAAUAUACUCAGUUUCCUGUACCUUGUAAUCGUGAUUGAGCCUCAGAAUCAUUUGGAGAAAAGAUAUUUUAAAGAAGAAGACAUAUCUUUGAUGUAGUAUACACACAAAGUAUUAAAUGUGUUGAUUUUAGAAGGUUAGACAUUUUCUUUAUUAAAAUUGCUUUUGCUUUUUCUGAGUCUCUUGUGUCUCUCUGCAGCUUCGUUUUCUUUUCUUCUUUCUUCUUGUUUCCAUGUCUCCCCCCCGCCCCAUGGCAUCCGCACAGCACACUAUGUCCACUGGAGAACGAAACAUGUUCUGCACUGUGGUGUAACUGUUGAUGGCCCAGUCUUUUCCCUUUGCUUUUUGAAGCUUCUUGAAGGCAG